AUGGACCCCCAACAGUCUACCCUCCCACUGCAGCUGCAUGGCAACAGUUUUGCUGUGAGCUCUGGACAAGUGCCAAAACUAAGCGCUGGGUACAAUGAAGGAGGAGGAGGUGGAGGAGGCCAAGAAGCAGAACUUGAUCAGCAACACAUGACCUCCUUUGCUCCUGUCAGUUCCAGGUUGAACCCAGGUGAACAGUUUCAGUGCCCACUGGAACCUCUGGUUCACUGCCAUGCCAAGGGCAAGCUGGACAUCAAGAGCAGGAGCUGCAAUCUACUCACCAUCUGCCGCUCAGGAGUAAUGUUUCCCUGGAUGAAUCGGACAACUGACUCUGAACAAUCUGUCAGCAGUGGUGUAGCGGCAGGUCUGUCAGGCAAAGGAAGACUCCGUGUCAGGAGGGAGAGAACGGCCUUCACCAACAGCCAGCUGCUGGAGCUGGAGAAGGAGUUCCACUUCAGCCCUUACCUGUGUCGUCCCCGGAGGCUGGAGAUGGCUGCCGGGCUGAAGCUCACCGAUCGGCAGGUCAAGAUCUGGUUUCAGAACCGCAGGAUGAGGCACAAAAAAGAGCAAAAAUAUGGAAAGUUGGCUGGUUCGUCCAGGUGGUCUCCCUGCAACCCCUCCCCGAGCUCGAGCUCAUGUGAGGACCUUCUGAGGUUUCCAGGUGCAUGUGUCGUCAGAGCUUCUUCUUCCUCAGAGAUGCACUUCAUGGAUUAUGCCCCUAUGUCGUCCUCUGUCUUUGGCUGUCACAGUGACGCCAGCAGUGGUCAGUGUAUUCACCCUGCAGACCUGCCCCAUCUGAGCUGCGUACUUCCAUCUGUUGCAAAUGGCCCACUGCCCUCCUGUACGGGCAUAGAUAGUCAUCACCAUGCUGGCAUUUCAAACUGGCCCUAGGGCCCCAUAAUGGCCACCCCUCCUGUGCUCAUCAAAAUCUCAAUGAUACAUCCACUUUCACUUACUUAUGAAAGACUAGAGGAUAUCUGAUUAGCAUCCCUGUGUUGAAAUCCCCUGAACACACCCUGUUCACCACUCAUGAAACAUUUUAAUUAAACUAUGUGAACAUAUCUUAAUUAAAGGAGAGCUACAGUGAUAUCAUUUAUGUUUCUCAGGCACGGUGACUGAAGACUACAAGUCUUUAAACUUGCUGCUCAUUGUACUUACACAGCAUGCACAAGACAUUUGAGCAAUUAAUAAUUACACAUUGUUUUGCUGUAAUUUUGUGGCUGUUGCAUUUGUAUUGUUGUUGCAUGUUUACUGCAUGUGGGAAUCAUACCAUGACUGAAUUUUCUAUUUCCCUCUGUUGUCAUAUAAUAGCUAAGUGGUUGUCAUAUUUUCUAAGGCCUCUUUUUCAUUGUGUACUUUAAAUAGCAGGUCAUUUGUGUAAAAUGUUUUAACUGUGAAAUGGGCAGAAUAAUGUUCAUAUUGAAUGAUGUUAUAUUUUUGUUAAAGCCAUUAAAGGAUACAGUGAGUCUUUGAUACUGUUCUUGAUUAAUUGAGAUGUCAUAUACUGUACAUGCUUAAUAAAUGCAUUUGGGAAAACUGUAA